AUGUCCAACCAACCCAACCUAAAACCCCUCUACCCCCCACACCCCUCACAGCAGGAACCCGAAGAGGAAUCCCCCCAAAUCCAAAAAACCGUCGACGCCCUAUCCCUCCUCCCGCACCCAGAAGGCGGCUACUACGUCGAAACAGACCGCGACCCCCUUCGCAUCCCGAACCCCUUUGCACCCACGUCAGACACAGACAAAGACCGCUCCGCAAGUACAACGAUCUUCUACCUGCUCACGCCAAACCGCUCGUUCGGUGCCUUCCACCGCAACAAGGGGCGGACGGUACAUGUUUGGCAGCGCGGACGGGGACGAUAUGUCAUAAUCCACGCGGACGAGGUGGAAGGGGGGAAGGGUAAGGCGCGGGUUGAGACGUUUGUUGUUGGGCCGGAUGUUGCGGCUGGGGAGAGGAUGCAGUGGGUUGUUGAGGGGGGGAAGUAUAAGGCUUCUUUUUUGUUGGAGGAUGGAGGUUCGGGGGAGAGUAAGGAGGGGUUGUUGAUUAGUGAGGUUGUCGUUCCCGGCUUUGAAUUUGCGGAUCAUGAUUUCCUGCGCAGGGAGAAGAUGGAGGAAUUGUUGACUGAGGAGCAAGUACGGGAAAUGGAUUGGAUGUUGAGGGUUGAGUGA